CUACUGCGCACAAUGGCAACCACUACCAGCAAGCGUGACCCCUACGACGUCGUCAUCGUAGGUGGAGGAUGGGCGGGCCUUACUGUCGCACUACGUCUCUGCGAAUCUCCCUCUUCAUCAUCAUCUUCUUCGUCGCCCUCGAUUCUCCUCCUCGAAGCCCGCCCUCGCCUUGGGGGACGAGCGUUCACUCAUACCUACGACCGGCAGUCCCUGGGCAGCAGUCAACGGUCUGUUGCCCCUCCUGCUGAUAUGGACGAGGCUGUCGACUUUGGCUGCUCCUGGCUGCACGGCUACAAUGAAGGCAACCCGGUCAAAGCUCUAUGCGAGGAGCUCGGAAUCCCCGUCAAAUUGGCGGCAGACUUGGCGGGGAAGAGGACGGGAUGCAUCGUUGUGGGACCUGAUGGUUCUCCAUUGGAGAGCGGUUUGUCGAGCAAGAUCAGAGGAAACACGGACGAAAGUAUGCGUCUUGCUCACGAAGAGGCAAAGGGCCUGCAGGAUGGUGAUGAGAGGUCGCUCGCAGACUUCCUGCUCAACGACAAGUCGCCGCUCUUCGCAGGCUUGAACAGCGCAGAGGAGCGUCAAGCUGCGAUCUCGUACGCACGCAUGCUCCAUGUACCUCUCGGCGUGGCUCUGGAGGCCGUCUCACUGCGCUGGCUGGGCUACGGCGAGGCAGUAGCGGGAACGGACGCCGCACCUGAGGGUGGCUUCUCGCGUGUCAUUGAGGCGCUCGUCAAGCGAAUCGAGAAGACGGGGAAAGUCGAAUUCAAGACCGGCCUAGAAGUAGUGGGCGUGCAAGAAGUUCCGCAAAGCGAGACUGUCAGAAUCAUGGUCAAGGGAGAAGGAGGAGAGGACGCGGUCGAGGGAAAGACGAGCAUUAUGACCCUCCCACUCGCCGUGCUACAGAAGCGCCUUCAAUCAGCAUCGACGCAACCACCGCUCUUCACUCCCCCUAUCAGCGCUCGAAAGCAGCAAGCCAUUGCCCGCACGCAAGUCGGCGACCUCAACAAGGUCCUCCUCGUCUACGACAGCGUCCAACCCUGGUGGCGCGACGCCGAUGCGACAGGUACCUUUGUCGUCUUGCCCAAGACGGCCAGCAGCAGCAAGACACCUCAAGCAGAGGGUCAAGCGGGCGAUCUGACUUCGCUCCUCGAGUCGACUACCCUUCUGAUAUCACCCUCAGUCUCGGAGCGCACGGGCACUUGCUCUCUCCUCGUCAUGGUAGGAGCAUCCCAGGGUGCCGCUGCCCCUGGGCAGCUGGAAAGCUUUGGACGACCUGCUGUAGCUGAAGCCCUGCAUGCCCGCCUCGCAACUGCUUUGGCCCCUCAGAGCGCCUCCAGCGUGCCGCAGCCAGUUCACAACUUCAUGUCCCGCUGGUCAGGCCAUGCCCUUACGCAAGGGGCGACCAGCACGCCCGUGACCCUGGGAGAGGGGAGGAGCCCGCUGGACUUUGUGACCCUAGGACAGCCAGAGUGGGGAAAGAAGCUAUUGUUCGCUGGCGAACAUACGGACGUUGAUGCUAGGGGUAGUAUUACGGGCGCGGUGAGGAGUGGGGAGCGUGAGGCGAGGAGGAUC